AUGGCCAACGAAAAGUCCAACAAAGGAGUUAAGACUGAGAACAACGAUCAUAUUAAUUUGAAGGUGGUGGGACAGGAUGAUUCUGUGGUGCAGUUUAAGAUUAAGAGGCAUACACCACUUAGUAAAUUAAUGAAAGCCUAUUGUGAUGUGCAGCUGGAAAUGGAGGACGGAGGUACAAUUGAUGUGUUCCAACAGCAGACGGGAGUGUCUACUGAGAAGGUAGGAACGUACCUCCCCCUGGUGUCUCAUGCUCGAAGACAUACUGUACUCAUCUUAGAUCAAGAGUCACAAUGUCCAAGUCUUGAUAUCUUAGUCGAAGACAGGCACUGA